AGGAAGCAGCCGCUGUGGAGGAAUGAUCGACCCGAAGAGGCCGAUUGGGUUGCAAAAUCCUGGAUUGUCUCUUCGGGAAAUAUUAAAAGGAUGGGAGUUUUUCUGGCUGGCAGGUUUUAUUCCUGGGCGGACGGAGCGUAUCGACGCAACGCAAGGACCUGGACCUCUGACACAGCAUUCUCCAGAUAGCAGGAUGGCCUCUAACCACACCAAGGACUGGUUCCAGCAGCUGGACGUGAUGUUGAGGCUUCUCAACGGCACCCUCUCCUGCGUGGAGCCGUGUCCCCAGCUGGGCAAGGCCGACCGGGAGGGAAAAGAUACGUACGCCUACAUGUACAUCGUUUUCAUGAUGCUCCUUUUCGCCUUGACGGUGGGCAGCCUGAUCCUGAGCUACACUCGAUCCCGAGAGGUGGACAAGCCCAGCGACCCCUACCACAUGUACAUCAAGAACCGAGUGACCAUGAUUUGAAGGCAGAGGGAGGGGACGAGAAGGAGGAGGCCCGGUGCUCCUCCCGGGGUUUUCGGUCAGCAAGGAAAACUGUGCCGAGUCUCGAACUCAGGACUUGGGGAAUGUCUACGUUCUGAGGCACGGAGGGGGAAAACAUUAAAACCUGGGGUUUUUUUUCAAAGCAGGGCCUGCAAAGAAGCCAACGGAGGGGGGGGGGGGGCUGACGUGACCUGACUUAAACGACCAGUUUAUAAAGUUUUGUAAAGUGUUUUUAUUUUUUUUUAACUUUCCUAAUGGUUAACUUUAUCCAUCUGCCUCUUCCUAUCCAAUAAACCAGUUGGAAGGCA